AUGAGCAGCAAGGUCGCGGCAGCCACCCCGGCCCCCUCGCCGCCUGCCUCCCUGGCCCACCCAUGCCCCACGCUGGGCGAAGCCUGCUUGCCGGAGGAGCAGGAGGCCGUGACCACCUUCUGCAUGCUGAUCCCCAAGAUUCCCCAGUGGAAGUUCUCCAGCGCCUCCGGCUUCCUGAGCCGCAGCCCUUCCAGCGCCAGCAAGGACCUGUCAUCCCCGGCUAAACCCGGGGGCCCUGGAGAGGCAGAAGGUUCCUCCUCCGGCCUGGCUGCUGUCCUGAGCGCCUGUGAGCCUGUCUGCCACUCUCCUUGUUCUCUGCAGGUGAUGAACCGGUUCCGAGGAGGGGGAGGGAGAAAGGCUGCUCGGGUCGAGGGGGUCAAACUGGCCGGAGAGGAAUGGAACCGGAAAGGUAGCUUCAUCAAUAAACCGGCGCAGGGCUGGCUCCAUCCGGACGAACGGGUCCUGGGACCAGGUGUCUCCUACAUCGUCAGGUACAUGGGCUGCAUUGAAGUGCUGCGCUCCAUGAGAUCUCUUGACUUUAACACCCGGACGCAGGUUACCAGGGAAGCCAUCAACAGACUGUAUGAGGCGGUGCCUGGGGUCAAAGGGGCCUGGAAGAAGAAGGCACCCAACAAAGCCCUUUUCUCCAUCCUGGGCAAGAACAACCUGCACUUUGCUGGCAUGAGCAUCACUGUCAACAUCUCCAUCGACGGGCUCAACCUCAUGAUCCCCACCACCCGGCAGAUCAUUGCCAACCACCACAUGCAGUCCAUCUCCUUCGCCUCGGGGGGCGACACGGACAUGACAGACUACGUGGCCUAUGUGGCAAAGGAUCCCAUUAACCAAAGAGCCUGCCACAUCCUGGAGUGCUGUGACGGGCUGGCUCAGAGCAUCAUCAACACGGUGGGACAGGCCUUCGAGCUGCGCUUCAAGCAGUAUCUGCACAGCCCCCCCAAGGUGGUGGUGCCACCGGACAGGGUAAUGGGGACUGAGGAAUCCGCGUGGGGCGAUGAAGAGGAGACGGCUGAACACGAUUAUUACAACAGCAUCCCAGGGAAGGAGCCUCCUCUAGGGGGACUCAUCGACUCUCGGCUCAGGCACACGACGUUGCUGGGCCACGUGCCCUCCCAGCCCUCCUGCGCCGGUCACUUCAGCCAGGUUGGAUUUCCUGCCAGAAGAGACCAGAACAGCCACCUGGGCUCCCACUGGGACGGCGACGCUCCCGGCCAGUCCUGCGACGGCUACCUCCAGGCAGACAGCCAGCCCCUCGGAUGCCGUGACUACGAGGAGCACAUGUACGUCAACACGCAGUGCCUGGACGGCUGGGAGCACGAGGCAAGCCCCCCCAAGGAUCUCUUUGACAUGAGGCCCUUCGAAGACGCCCUAAAGCUGCACGAGUCCACGGUGGCUGGUGGGGCCAGCCCUCCCCUUGAGGACCAGUGGCCCAGCCCGCCUACCCGGAAGGCUCCCAUCGCCCCCACGGAAGAGCAGCUGAAGCGGGAGCCUUGGUACCACGGGAAGAUGAGCCGGCGAGACGCUGAGAAGCUACUGCAGAUGGACGGGGACUUCCUGGUGAGGGACAGCAUCACCAACCCCGGGCAGUACGUCCUGACGGGCAUGAACAGCGGGCAGCCCAAGCACCUACUGCUGGUGGAUCCCGAGGGCGUGGUGAGGACCAAGGACGUCCUGUUCGAGAGCAUCAGCCACCUGAUCAACUACCACCUGCAGAACGAGCAGCCCAUUGUGGCAGCGGAGAGCGAGCUGCACCUGAGGCAGGUGGUGAAGAGGAAGCAGUGAUGGCUGGCUGCAGGCUGCUGCCACAACCCACGCCGACUUUUUCACUCUUCCUCCUAGCCUGAGAUGGAGGUGAUGUAUUUAUUCUACACGUGCCGAUGAAACUCCGACUGGGACGUUAGCACGGCUCUCCCCACCAUCCCUACCAAGGAGCCCGGAUGACACAAAUGGAGCUCAGCUCUUUGCCGUGUACAUCCCACCAGGAGCACACAUACAACAGAUCAAACCUACCCCCAACUUCUUAGACUAGUAGUUAAUUAAACCAAAUGAAUUGUGAGCAGGGAGCUGUGCUCGGGAGCUGCUUGUAUCCCCGCCUGGGCGCGGACUGUGGUCUACUGCCUAAGUGCGGCGCUGGGUGCCAGGACUCCUGAGCUCUUUGCCUCCACCUCUGCUGCUGACUGGCUGGGUGACCUUGGGCAAGUUGCUUCGCCGCUCUGUGCCUCAGUUUCCCCAUCUGUAAAAUGGGGAGGAUGAUACUGACCUACCUACCUACCUACCUCGCAGGGGGUGCUGCGGGGAGGAGUUAGCUAAAGCUGGUGUGGCCUUCUGAGUGCUAAAUAGCAUCCAGCUCAGCGGUUAGGUUUAGUUGCUGCUAGAGACCAUCAGAGGGGUAGGGAACCCCCUUUGGAGGUAUAAUUGGGUGUGUCGGGAGGUGUCAGAAGCACAAGGCCCCAUUCCCAUCUGCAAGGAGAAUAGGAGCCUCUUCCCCAUCUCACAAAACCUCCCAAGCCAACCCAUUACGGUAACAGCUGCUUAGACUCCACUUUACAGCCAUGAGGGGACAAUCUUGUAAUUACGUUAUCUGACUGAGAUGGCCCAUCAUUAGGGAAACAAUGUCAGACCUUAUCAGCACUCUGCUUAUUGAAUCAGGACCAGAAGACAGAGGUUUGGACUUUGGAAGAGAGGACAAAAGCGACACAAAUGAGGGUUUGGCCGUCCCAUUGCUGGGACGAAUCUCUCCUUCUGCACAGAUACCCAGGGGGUGACUUGGUGUCCACUUGGCUUCUGUCAUGCUUCAGAGCCUCAGCCAGGCUCCUAGUACCUAGCCCGGGUCAUGGCACUGCCCUUCCGCUCUGGCUGGGGUAGCCAGGUGCCUGCUUCCUUUGGAUGGUGGAAGAUGGGACCUUCCCCAGAGCCUAAGCUUUGGAGACUCACCAAGCACCAGCUCCUCCUAGGCCACCUGCUCCCAAGUGGCAUCACCUCAGGAGAUGCCAGAGUCCUCUUCCAGCAGGGGUCCCUACUCUUUGGAAGCUCCUAUCUCCUCCAGUCCCACCCCAGAAUGGAAAGGUACCUUCUCCAGCAAGGUGGGUCUUGCUCUUCUCAGGCACACAGGUCUGAUUUUACAGGUUACCCGGCACUGAGCAUCCAUCAGCUGGGACCCACGGUGAGAUGUCCACUGAACGGCUGUAGCCUUUUAAAGGCUACGCAGCAAUUGUCUCUCCAGCGCGCCGGCUUCGGGGGAGCA